GUAUGAUGAGAGGAGGUAUGAUGGGUGGGCGUGGUGGAGGUCCGCCCCCUGGCAUGAGAGGACCACCCCCAGGAAUGAUGAGAGGACAAGGACCAAGAUUCUGAGCUGUUUACAACUAGAUGUUGUUAAUGUAUAUUCCAUGUGUAAUAAAAAAAGACAAUUGUACAGAAAAGGCAGCAGGAUGUUAACUUAAAUAAGAAGAACAAAAUUUGCAGCUUGGAAUUCAGACUGUGAAAUGGGAUAUAAGGGUUUGCCGGGGUGGGUGGGGUAAACAUCUGAAGUGUUUUCUUAUUAGAAUAGCAUUAUGCCCCUAUUGCAAAUCAUAAACAGCUUUGUUUUUUUAACUAACAAUUCUGUUAAGCUGUUCCAAAUCUGAAAUGAAUGUUACUAUAGCAGUUUCUCCAAGCAUUGUUUGCUGCCCAAAUUUUUUAUCAUUUUCAUAUUGUGCAUUAUCAGAUAACGAUUUUUGUACUGAAUUAUAAGAAGUUAAUGAUGUGACACUACCUGUAAGAUGAUGUUGAGUGUAUGCAAAUUACUCUUGAUUCUGAAAUACAGAAAAAUGUAGUGUAAGAGGGUCAUUUUUCAACACAUUUUCAUUUCAUUUUAUUCAUUGUUUUAAACAUUUAUGUAUCGUGAAAUCAUGUCAUUAAAAGUUGAUUUUAUAUGA